UUUUAUGGAAGUUUUCCUCCCGCUCGUUUUCGGACCGGCAGAGUGAAGUAAAAAAAGUUAUCGUUCUAAGAAAUUACUCUUUCAUAUGGCUUAUUCUCGCACGGUCAGAGAACAUCUGCUUUCCAUUGUUGAUCGGCUACAUGUAGAGAAGCUUGUGUUAUCUGCAGAGAAAGAUUAUAAGAAGGAGGAAGAGGCUUUCUUCAAAGAUGUUGUUCAUCCUGCAUUGUUACAGGAUCCAAAGAAUACAUUGUUUACUGUUGAACCUGGUUCAACAACUAAAGUUAGGCGCAGGGUAUAUAUGUUGCGAAGAUCUAAAACUACUGAAGGAGGCUCACUUGUCUGUGAAGUUUGUGGACAUUCAACUUUUAAACUAUUUCCAACACCACUGGAAACAACCGAAGGUGGUAAAAGAGUAAGCAAGUGGAGAAAAACAGAAGUGGAAACUGUCCAGGCAUGCCGUUCAUGUUUCAUUGAGCGAAAUGGUGGCCACACAUUACCAUACAAAACAAAUGAUAAAGUGCAGGUUCAACCACUCUUUGACCAUCAUCCUUGUGGCUUGACUACAGGGAGAGCGUCCGACUCCUGGCAUUUCGUCAGGCGAGAUAUAGUUUCACAUAAAGCCAAAUUACUUUUGAACCAUCGAUGUGAAGAUCAGAAUGAUAUUUUUACUGAUGUAACAGAGUGUGGAACAGAACUAACUGAUGAUGAGGAAACAUAUUACGAAGAUUCAGAUACUGAGCAAUAUUUGAUAAAACUGCCUUUUCAGAUUAGUCAAAAUAGUGAAAAGCUAAAUUUUGAAAAUGAAAAGCCUCUUAUUUUAAGUCCAAAUCAGGAAUUGCACAUAAUAUGUGAAAAUGUUUUCCCUGUAAGUAAUACUGAGGUGGUAAACUCUCAAGAGAAAAGUGAAGAAGGUAGAGUAAUUUAUAAGGAAGAUAUGCAGAAUGAAGUAAAUGUAGAGGUAUCCAGAAAAAAUAAUAACAGCCGUAAGAAUGAACUUGAGGAAGAUGAGUAUGUAGAUGUAGAAUUUGGAAAUGAGGAGAUUUUAAUCAAGAAACUGCUGAUUAAUAUAAAAAACAAAAUCGACAUUGAAAUAGAUGAAUCCAAUUCCUUAUCUACUUACACAGACCUGCUAACACAAUGUGUGAGUGGAGACCCAACCACUGAAGAUGUUUUCCAUUGUUUCAAUGAUCGCAAGUGUUUGGUGCGAAAGAUAAGAGGCCAAUUAAAAGUAGCUAAGUCAAAAAAGACGUCAGUUGUAAAGAGUCUACCUAAGUUAAGUUACAGAGGCGUUUGCAAGUUGGUUACUCUUGUACGCCCAAAGAAAGCGAAUUACGUAGAUAAUUCUGCGCGUGCCUGUUUGUAUGACGUGAAGGGUUUUCCAUGGAGAAAGCAAGAUUUACCUUCCUUUGUUAAUUUAAGCGUAUUGAGAUCUUCAGGUGUUAAAAGAAAGAGCUACAGAAACAGGAAAAGAGAAAUUGAUCAUUAUUUAAAUGUAAAUCAUAACGACUGGAUCAAAGAAGUGCGAUCAAGAAGAGCCCAAUAUCAAAGCGAAAGGAGAGACUCUUUGUCUUCCUGUGAAAAGAUUGAAAAUGUACAAAGUGAUUUAUCAUUAAAUGUCACUGGUAAUUCUCAAGAAAGUCCCGAUGAAAAAUGCAGAGACGAAGCCGAAGUUUCAUCAAAUGGCAUGUCUCCCUUUAAAGGCCUUGUGACAUGUGCUGUGUGUCGGUGUCCAGUGCAUAAAUCAUACAGCGUUUACGAUCGUGAAAAUUCACCUUUGCGUUUGUUACAGUAUUUCGAGGACGAUGUUAAAUCAAUACGCAUUUGCAGAACGUGUUUACCGUACUCUAAACCACCGGAGGAUCAGAGGCGUAGAAUACACAAAAAACCAACUACUGAAAAUGCAUGCAAGAAACGCGCAAGAGAAACAGAUGAGGACGAGGACUCAGAUGCGCCAUCAAAACAAAUGAAAUUGGAUAAAAAUAGGCAAAAGCAGAACUCGCCAAAACAAUCGUUAAAAACAAACCAAAAGUCAAGCAAACUUUCAAAAGUUAAUAGUGCUUCAAAUAGUAGCACUACUUCGAAAGAUACGAAACAAAAAGCUACUCCCUCCCACUCUUUCUCAAAGAGCCCCACAAGUGAUCACCGUUACGCCACCAAACAUACACCUACCCCUCUAACCCCUCCAUCGAAAGGCAGUAAAGUGAAAAAAAGUGUUUCUUCAAAUGAUAACAAGGCAGAUUCCCCGCGGCGGGAUCUAAAAGUUGUACCGAAACUGGAUGGAGAACAAUUUAAAAAAAUUACUGAUAGCACUCAGACGAAGUACGUGAUCGUUCAAGCUACAUCCUCCUCAGAUGGAAGCACCAUCCAGAAGCUCUCCACCGUGGCUGCAAACGGAGGGUCAGGCGACGGCAAGUGUAAUGAUAUUACUAUUAACGGUAAACGAUACAAAAUCGACACUGAAUUCAAACUAAACGAAUUGGUAAAGGAGAACGAAAACGCUGGAUUGUCCGGUCAUCGCGACCUUAUCGCACAGUUACCGAGUAUAUUGAAACGCACCAUAGGUCAUCGAAAUGGAGCGCCCACUAAAUAUAAAAUCGUGAAUGUGUUACAGACGAGUAAGGCAACCAAUGCUACAAUCCCUAUGUCUGCAGUUGGGAGUGGUUCCUACGAAGCGAAGAAUAAUGCAGUCCGGCUAAAACCAACAAAAACCCAACAAGUAAAAAUGAAAGUUCCUGCCUUUAUUGACGAUCCUAAAGUGCUUUUCAACGUGGCUUCCAAAAUAAAUGCGAACAUUUCCUCAAGUAGUGUAAUGCAAAUAGCACCAAGUCAUUCCAUGGUGUUGUCCAACGGAACAAGUGUGUCUUUCCCCAUGGGUGCGCAAAGAAGCACAGCUGGUCGUGUCAUGAUUACUCGUCCAUCUUUUGUGAAGACAGCGGCGAACAUUAAUACGUCGGUUACUUUAUCUUCCAUAACACAUCAAAUGCAGGAACAUUGGAAGCCGAAAGUUGCCGCAACCGUUCAAUCCAACAACAAAUCAACAGUGAGUCCUCUCAAAACGACGGUACGACCAGCAAAUACCCUGAUUCCGAAAUCCCCUCUCAAUACAGCCUCACCGUUGAAUACUCCCCUGUCUUCCAAAUCAAGCGGACUUGUUUCUCAAUGUCAGCAUGAACUAACUGCGUCUAAUAUAAACUUGAAAUUGGUCGCCUCGAAAGCAGCGAUACCAACAACGGCAACGACGGUAAAAUCGUCGACAACGCCGUCUAGCAUAACUAAACUACAAAUUGUGAAUAAUAAAGUGAAAUGAGUCUUACAAUUUUAUAAUUCUUGAGGUUUAGGUCUGGUGUAUGCGUAGAAUUUAUAAGUACAUGUAUUAUAAUAUAUUUAACAGCUCUUA